UUCUCACGCACAGAGCCGCUGAGGAGGGAAACCUGAUUCGCUGCUCUGCCUCGUCCCUCCGCAGGCACCGUAGCCCUUAACGCGCAUGCUCGGCGAGGCCUUCUCGAACACUUGAACGCAGAGCCUCUGAGGAGACCCAAGCUGAGGCGAAGAUGUCGGGGGUCCCCGCGGUGCGGAUCAGCAUCGAGUCCGCCUGCGAGAAGCAUGUGCAGGAGGUGGGCCUGGACGGGAGCGAGACCUACCUGCAGCCGCUCUCCAUGUCGCAGAACUUGGCCCGCCUGGCGCAGCGCAUCGACUUCAGCCAGGGCAGCUCCGGCUCCGAGGAGGACGAGCCCGCGCCGGCCGCCGGGGGAAGAGAGUGGCCCGGAGCCGCAGGAGGGGAUGAGGAGGAGGAGGAAGGUUUGGUAAAGUUCCAGCCUUCGCUCUGGCCCUGGGAUUCAGUGAGGAAUAACUUAAGAAGCGCUUUGACAGAGAUGUGUGUGCUCUAUGAUGUUCUCAGCAUUGUCAAGGAUAAAAAAUUCAUGACUCUGGAUCCAGUUGUGCAAGAACCACUUACCCCAAAACAGAAUCAAGUUUUGCAGCUGAUCUCCAAGAAGAAGUCGUUAGCUGGAGCAGCCCAAAUUCUUCUGAAGGGAGCAGAAAGGUUAUCUAAAUCGGUUGCAGAGAGCCAGGAAAAUAAGCGGCAGAGAGACUUCAACUCUGAGUUACUAAGACUGAGGCAGCACUGGAAGUUGAGGAAGGUUGGGGAUAAGAUCCUUGGGGACUUGAGCUACAAAAGUGCAGGGUCUCUCUUUCCUCAUCACGGUACAUUUGAGGUCAUAAAAAACACAGACAUUGAUUUGGAUAAAAAGAUUCCUGAAGAUUACUGUCCAUUGGAUGUUCAAAUCCCAAGUGAUUUAGAGGGAUCUGCCUAUAUAAAGGUGUCUAUUCAGAAGCAAGCACCCGAUAUAGGGGAUCUUGGUACAGUAAAUCUGUUUAAAAGGCCGCUUCUGAAAUCAAAGCCAGGGGCUCUGCAUUGGCAAACGAAGCUGGAGACGGCACAGAAUGUAUUGCUGUGUAAAGAAAUCUUUGCUCAACUGUCUCGAGAAGCUGUACAAAUUAAAUCUCAGAUUCCCCACAUAGUUGUGAAGAACCAAAUAAUUUCUCAGCCAUUUCCAGGCUUGCAGCUGUCCAUUUCCUUGUGUCACUCUUCAGAUGACAAGAAAUCCCAGAAAUCUGCUUCCGAUAAGCAAAGUCCAGAGGAUCAUCUUUACGUUCUAGAGCAUAAUUUGCACCAGCUGAUUAGAGAGUUUCACAAGCAGACCCUGAGCUCCACCAUGAUGCCUCACCCAGCUAGUGCACCUUUUGGCCAUAAGAGAAUGAGACUAGCGGGGCCUCAGGCUUUUGAUAAAAAUGAAAUCAAUUCCUUGCAACCAAGUGAGGGGCUGCUAGAGAAGAUUAUAAAGCAGGCAAAACACAUCUUUCUGAGACGCAGAACUGCUCGAACCAUCGACAGUCUUGCCAGCCGUAUUGAGGAUCCACAAAUUCAGGCGCACUGGUCAAACAUCAAUGAUGUCUAUGAAUCAAGUGUCAAAGUCCUGAUCACCUCUCAAGGUUAUGAGCAGAUAUGCAAGUCCAUUCAGUUGCAACUAAAUAUUGGCGUUGAGCAGAUCCGAGUAGUACAUAGAGACGGAAGAGUAAUUACGCUAUCCCACCAAGAACAAGAGUUACAAGAUUUUCUUCUCUCUCAGAUGUCACAGCAUCAAGUGCAUGCAGUCCAGCAGUUGGCCAAAGUUAUGGGAUGGCAUGUGCUCAGUUUUGGUAAUCACGUGGGUCUGGGCCCAGUGGAGAGCAUUGGCAAUGCGUCGGCCAUAACUGUGGCGUCACCAAAUGGAGACUAUUCUAUUUCAGUACGCAAUGGUCCAGAAAGCGGCACUAAGAUUAUGGUUCAGUUCCCACGCUCCCAGUGCAAAGACCUCCCCAAAAGCGACGUGCUUCAAGACAGCAAAUGGAACAACCUUCGUGGCCCAUUCAAAGAGGUUCAAUGGAACAAGAUGGAAGGACGCAACUUUGUGUACAAAAUGGAGCUCCUCAUGGCAGCCUUGACACCCUGCUCUUAGGCUUAGCGACGAAACAAAAAGGACUAUUGUUUUGGCACAAAAGGGAAUGACUCUUAUACACUCCUGAUGGUUCUAAAGUUGCAUAACGUGUGAAACGUCAUUCAUUUCAUUUUUCUCCUCCCCCCAGAAGCAAUUUCUGGAAGCAAUUUCUCCUGCCAUUUCUGAAUGUUGAAUUACACUGCUGUUGUCUUGCUCGAGUCCAAAGUCCUUGAUGAAUAGUUCACGAGAUUUGCAAAAUGGAAGUCCUCUUUGCCCCAUCUUUAUAAAGGGAUUACCUGGGCUGCUUCUGUAGAAAAUGUGGUUAUGCCCAGUUUAGCAAGGGCAGCCCAGAACAGGCUGGAACAUUUCCAUUUAGAGGAGGUCUUUGCCAUAGCAGUAGUUAUUUCUGCAGUGCUCAGAUCCGCAUCUGUGACUUUUGAUGUCACAGAUGUAUGUUCAGGUAAUAACUCUUUAUUAAUGAUGAUCAAAACACUUAACAAGGCAGCUUAUUUGUCAGUUUUAUUCCUGAAACAUUCACCAACAGCCACAGCUAAAGACAGUUGCGAGCACCAUUUCGUUUAACCAUUCUAUUGGAAUGCUAUUGUCAUUCCAAAGACAUACAAGCACAGGGAAUUAAAUGCAAAAUAUCAAUGCAAGCUUGUGGCAUAGUGUAUGCAGUACUGUAUUUAGAAGUUAGAAAGCCGUAUUAAAAUCCCCACUGAGCCAUAUCACUCUUAGCCUGACCUACCUCACAAGGUGGUUGUGAGGACAAAAUGAGAUGAUCCCCAUCUACACCGUCCUGAGUGCCAGAAAAACAGGGGAGGGAUAGAAAUAAGUAAAUGGGAUGCUCAUCUUGUCGUCUAACAUCAAAAGGUCAAUGAAAGAACUUGAACUUCAUCAUUCUAAUGUUGGUUUAUUCUUUAAAUUAAAAACCCAAUCAUCGG